GUGAGGUUUAUUUGAAGGCGUGGCACAUUGAUAAACUAGUAAAUAGAAAAAGCGAAAAAAAGUGUACUCCCAGUCCGGAACUACUGUUAAUACUAAAGUAUCAUUACAUUAGUACUAUGAUGUUUUUGUCUUGACAAGGAAUUUACAGAGAGUUGUGAGAAGAUGUGUGUUAGUGAGUGUGAGGCCUGGCGGCGAAGCGGUAACUAUCGUUGAUUUUACUCAAGCUUUAACUCUGCCCCUCCUAAUCCAUCCUAAAAGUGUGGAUAUUUGCAUUAAAGCUGGUGAAUUACUCUUAGUUGAAAUGAUUCCAAAGGCGAUUAUUGCACUGAAGGCAGACAAUGGAUGUUUCUGGAGUGUAAUUAAUUAUAGUGACAGAGACAAUAUUGAAGCAGCAAAAUCCAGCCUUGACUCCAGCUGCCACUUUUUAUUGCUUACAGCUACAAGUGGAAAGGUUUAUAUCAAGACCCCUCAGAACAAGUACCUUAGUCGUUUUCACCGCAGUGGCAUUGACUACAUAGAGCCAGCUAAAGAUGUACCAGAUGUUUUCUGUGAGUUCCAGCUGCAUAGUCAAGAUGGGAAAGUGUUUUUCAUGGCUGACAAUUGCAAAUAUUUAAGUCGCAUUCACCGGGGUGGCAUAGACAACAUUGAAGCUUAUAAAAAACAGAUAGAUGUGUACUGCCUGUUUGAAGUUGUUGAAUUAAAGAAUGAAAUGAUUCCAAAGGGGAUUAUUGCACUGAAAGCAGACAAUGGACACUUCUGGAGUGUUGUUGAUUGUUUUGGCAGAAAAAAUAUUGAAGCAGCGAUGUCCAGCCCUGACUCCAACUGCCAGUUUUUGGUGCUACCAGCAUCAAAUGGAAAGGUUUAUAUUAAGACUCCUCAGAACAAGUACCUUAGCCGUAUUCACUGUGGUGGCAUUGACUACAUACAGCCAGCUAAAGAUAAACCAGAUGUUUUCUGCGAGUUCCUGCUGCAUAGCCAGGAUGGUAAGAUGGUUUUCAUGGCCGACAAUGGCAAAUAUUUAAGUCGCAUUCACCGAGGUGGCACAGAUAAUAUUGAAGCUGCGAAAGGACAAAUCGAUGUGUUCUGCCUGUUUGACGUAGUUGAAUUUCAGAAUGAAAUGCUUCCAAAGGGGAUUAUUGCACUGAAGGCAGACAAUGGACAUUUCUGGAGUGUAGUUAAUUGUUUUGGCAGAGACAAUAUUGAAGCGGCAACAUCCAGCCUGGAAUCUAGCUGCCAGUUUUUGGUGCAUCCAUCUACAAAUGGAAAAGUUUAUAUUAAGGCUCCUACGAACAAGUACCUUAGUCGUAUUCACAGAUCUGGCAUUGACUACAUAGAGCCAGCCAAAGAUGAACUAGACGUUUUCUGUGAGUUCCAGAUGCAUAGCCAAGAUGGGAAAGUGUUUUUCAUAGCUGACAAUGGCAAAUAUUUAAGUCGCAUUCACCGGGGUGGCAUAGACAACAUCGAAGCUUAUAAAGAACAAAUCGAUGUGUUCUGCCUGUUUGACAGUUAAAUUUCAGGUAUUUCCUGCAUUAUUUCCAAUUGCUUG